UCGAUCGAAAUCUCCGUCAAGAGAAGCGAAGAAAAAGACAUCAGAAUUACCGAAGAGGAAAAUCAAAUCGAACGCAUCACCGAUGGAUUCGAAAAAUUACCAGGAUUUUUCGCCUAGAUGUGAUUGGCGUGAGGAUCAUGAUUCUCGUGUUCUUACCGUACCCCUUAAAGAUUUUAGGAGCAGCCAACUGAAAGUCCAGGUGACAUCCACCGGAAAGUUGAGGGUCUCCGGCGAACGGAUGACCGAAGGCAACAAGUGGCUCCGAUUCUACAAGGAGCUAGAUGUCCCCACCGAUACUGACACCGACAACAUCUCUGCCAAGUUCAAGGAUGGCGUCCUCUUCGUCAAACACCCCAAAAAACUAUCUGCCGCUACUUUCCCCAAAGCCGAUCCCCGACCACCGGCCGAGCCUCCGAAGCCAGCGGCCGGGAAACCCAAAGUCGAUCCCCAACCACCGGCCGAGCCUCCGAAGCCGGGGGCCGGGAAACCCAAAGCUGAUCCCCGACCACCGGCCGAGCCUCCGAAGCCAGCGGCCGCAAAAUCCUCAAUCGACCCACCAACUGAUCCACAAAAUGCCCCAAAGAGCCGAAAUGAGGAACGCCAAUCACAAUCAAGUAGCAAAAGAGCCCCCACUUCCCCAAGGAUACAAGGUAUAGACAAAGAAUUAGAGGAUCAGCAGAAUCUCACACCCGGCCCACAAACUGUCCCACAGAGACAAAAUGAGGAGCCUCAAGAACAGGCACAUGGGGAACGAAGCCCCCCUCCCCAAAAGGAAAAAACAGAGGAGGAGAAGGCAAAAGCACACACAAAUCUGAAGGAAGCUUCGAAGGAGACAAGAGAUGAGGAAAGGGGGAAAGAAGAAAUUGGGUCGAAAAUGGGAGAGGGCAAAGGGAAGGAGGAGGAGGGCAGCCAUGGAAGGGAAGAGAAGGAAGGUGAAGUUGCAGAGGAGAGGAGGAGGAGGAGGAGGAGUGAGGGAACGGUGGAAGAGAGUUUCCUGUGGAGAAGAGAAGGGUACAAACAGGUUAUUGAUGGGGUGGUGAAGGAAUUGAGGACAACUAUGGUGACUUUGGUUUUGGGGAUUGCUGUUCUUGUGAUUCUGUAUCUGAAAGUUACAAACAAAGGUCAUGUGGAUGAAGAAUUGUGAAGAACCAGUCAUGAAGCUCUUGUUCAUAAGUGAACAACUCAAAUAUGUCAAAUUGUUUAUUCAAAAUGAUGGAAAUAAAAUUGCCAUAUUUACAAUUACUU